AUGGAACCGAGUUACAGUAAAAAUUACAGGGCAAGAGGAUAUUCAUUAGAACAAGAUUUGAGAUUAUUAAUAAAUAAUCCAAAAUAUAGUGAUAUAGAAAUUUUAUGUGAAGAUGAAAAGAAAUUACAUGGUUGUAGGGCAAUUUUAGCUGCAAGGUCCGAAGUAUUUGAUAGAUUACUUUAUAAUGGAAUGAAGGAAAGUUAUGAUAAACAAAUUUCUUUUCCAAAGAUUAGUUCAAUUGGAAUGGAAAUAAUAUUAGAAUAUAUAUAUACGGGAUCAAUUAAAGAAGAAUCUUUAACAAAAGAUAAUACUGUCGAAGCAUUUUACGCUGCCGACUAUUUUCAAUUACCGGACCUUCAGGAUUUUAUCAUGAAAACAGUUAAGAAUACCAAUUUUGCAAAAAAUUAUUCACCAGAAUUAUUAUCUAAAAUUUCGGAAAAAAUUCCAUUAUCGGAAGAUAAUAUCUUUUUAAAUUUAUUAGUUGAAGCGGUAGCAGCUAUACCAUUAAAUAAUAUUGAAUUUGGUCGAUUAUCUAUUGCAGGUCUUAAAUAUCUUUUAUCUUGUACAAAUGAAAAGAAAAAGCCUUUUGCAACUCCUGAAUAUGAAGUUUUUCGAUAUAGUGCUAUUCUUGCAGCAAAACAAGUUUCUAAUGAUGCACAUAAAAUUCUUAUAGAACAGUUACCAACCCUUGAACAAAUAGAAAAGGUAGUGAAUUCGGCUAAAGUAGAAAAUGAUGAUAAAUUAAUUAUCGAUCAAAAGGUUGCUAAAGAAUUGGAACCUUUAGUGAAAUAUAUUGAUUUUAUGAGAAUUGAUGGACAAAUUUUGGCCGAUAUUAUUGAACCAUUAGAAAUUAUCCCAGCAACUGUUAUUUUGGAUAUUUAUCGACAAAAAGCAAGAUUAAAUAAAUCUGAGUUAAAUGAUACUCGAGGAAUACCUAUCCAAAUUUAUUCAAAAUAUGUUUGGGAUGAGUCUGAAUGUGGAUCAAAUGUUCUUAUUGAAGAUAAUGGAAAAAUUGUAUAUUUAAAAAGUAGAACUGGUUCAUGGCGAAAUGUUAGAGCUAAAAUGGUACUAGAAGGUAAAGGAAUUUUUGAAUGGGACGUUAUUAUGGAGAAAGCUUGUGUAGAUGCCUGGGUAGGAGUAUGUGCACCAGAAAAUUUAAGUUAUGAAUUCUUUGCAGGAAGGCAACCAACUGGAUGGGUAUUAGGUACCAAUGGAUAUUGCGCUAAUUCUAACAAGGGAAUAAUUUACUGCUCAUCUUUCGGAGAUGGUACAAGAAUUACUGUUCAUUUAGAUAUGAAUAAAAGAACUUGUUCUUUUACAGUUAAUGGUACAAAAUAUCCGGAAGUGUCAGCAUGGAAUAAUUUACCUGCAAAGCUUUACCCAGUAGUAUCUUUUAAUCAUCCUGCUCGACUUAGAAUUCAGCCUCAUCAGAAAGAUGUUUAA